AUGCCACCUGCUGGGAUUUGUCCUUUGGUUGGCCUGAGAAACUUUCACCCCAGCCUCAUACGCUGGUGCUUGAUGCAUGUGGUUCACUUGGGCCUGCUCUUUGUUUGUAAUGGCUCAGGCCUGAAUCUCCUGCUUCGAUGUGGCUACUUUGGCAGGGACGACGUUUCCAUGGCCAUCAAGCUUUCCAGGGCAUUCGUAGCUUUCAAAGCUUGGAUGUCGGCCAACAAGGUUGAGUGUUCCCAACCACCGUUCACAGAGAAGAUGCUCUUCAAGAAGAACUCGGACAUCCUGCUAACCAGCAAAGCUUACAAUGGGCGAGUGGUCGUGCAGUGGUUGUCCCAUGAAGUGCACCUAGCAAGCACUUCGCCUACCUUCUCAGCAUAUGACCCACGAUUCUUCGUCAUUGUUGCUGCAUUGAGACGAAUGGCAAGAUUCCUUUGCGGGCUUGAACGAGCUGGCCGCUAUUUGACCCCUGAAGAAUCUGAAUCCAUUUUUGAAGAUGGCUACGCAUUUUUGAAACACUACAAGUGCCUGACCCUGAUGUCUUUGAGGCUUGGAAUGCAAGAGUGGUUCAUGAAGCCAAAGUGCCAUGCCUUGUGGCACCUAUUGGUCGGCAUUCGUGACAAAAGAAGCAACCCUCGUUUCUUUCAUGGCUUCGUCGAUGAGGACGCGAUGGCAUGGAUCAAGAGCACUUAUUUGAAGGCCCACCCUACUCGUGCCAUCCGCUGGAUCAUGCGGUGUGGAAAGCUCAGGAUUUGGGCAUCUCAUUUGAAGAUCAAAAAGUUUAACCGGCACGUGGCUUUGCGAUUGGCCCGCAAACGCUUAACGCAUCCGGAGAAGAGCCUCCCCAGUGAGCUGAGGAGCUUCAGGGAAGCGUUGGUGGCACAAGACGCGAAGGGAGCGAAGGAGCGAUGGAGGCGGCUUUGGCGCAAGCAUGUGGAGGUGGAAGUGCAGGAGAUUGCGGGAACGGUGCAUGUGGACUUUGGCCAGCGAGUGAAACAACGCAUGCAGGAGAGCAGCAGGAAGCUGGGUCUGCAGCUUGGUGCCGAGCUGGCAAAUGGGGAGCUGGUGGCCAACAAGCGGGAGGCCUGGAUGAAGUUUCUGCAGGACAUGCAGCAGUUGCCACAAACCAAGCAGUGGGCCAAUCGGAAGGCCCCCAUUGAGGCCUUCUCGCCGUGGUUGGCGAAGUUCGACACUCGCAGCGCCUUUGGCAGCCAUGAGGAACAGCUCGAGGUCCUCGGACAAUACAGGGGCUUGGAGCGUCCAGAGCCUCGAAGUCACGCGAGCGUCACCCGCUUCGGCCCUCAGCUCCUCAUCAUGGCGUCCAAGCAGAUGCCCAAGCGCUUGGUCAUUUUGGGCAGCGACGAGCGAGAGCAUUGGUUUCUCGUGAAAGGUGGCGAGGACGUGCGCUUGGAUGAGCGCGUGGAACAGCUCUUUGGCAUCAUCAAUAGCAUGGCUCCGGAUGCUGCUGGGCUCAGGGUCCGCACCUAUUCGGUGAUUCCGCUCUUCCCCGACCUGGGCGCAUUGGAAUGGGUGCGUGAGACGAAACCGUUGAAGGCCAUCGUGCAAGAAACAGCUCGGGCGAAGGAGAUGAACGAGAUUGAGGCACACAAGCUGCGGAUCGAGUGGUCCAAGCGCUUCGGAGGGCAAGCGGUGCAGAGAUAUUCUAAGAUUUUCGAGUUGCCCAAAGCCGAUGCGGUGGUGGCGUUCCAGCGCUGCGUGGCGGCCAUGCCAAGUUCCGCGUCCUUGAAGGCCUUCUUUUGGAGCAGCGCCGUGGGUCCGGAGGCUUUCUGGCACACACGUCAGCGCUUUGCUGCCUCUUUGGCUGCUGCCUCGGCCGCCUGCUAUCUCCUUGGCAUUGGAGACCGGCACUUGGACAACUACCUCCUUUGUUUGAGGACGGCCGAGUUGGUGCCCAUUGACUUCGGCUACUCCUUUGGCAUCGGCGCACUGUUGCCGGUGCCGGAGCUCAUGCCCUUCCGUCUGACGAGCUUCCUUCUUAGCGCCCUGCAGCCUUUGGCAGGGCCUUAUGGGCAUGGCACCUUUCGAGAUAGUUUGGAACAGGUUUUAAGCACUUGCCGCGCCAAAAGUGCCAUGCUCCUGGAUGCGUGUGCGAUCUUCAUCCGAGAGCCCUUGUUGGAUUGGACCACUGAGUCACGGCGCCGUGGCUUCGCAGAUCUGGACUUCCUGCCAAAGAGGCGCUUGCACUUCCUGUCGUUGCGCUUGCAGGGCCAGCAUCCUGCGUCCAUUCUCAAAGAAGAGUUGACGGACAAUCAGACUCCCUGGGUCAAGGAGAUGGCCAGGCGUUCCACCCAACCCUUGGAACUCAUGGUCGCCGGCUUGGAGGAACCUGAGAGAGCUAAGAUCUACCAGCGUGGAGAAGCGCUCACAGCAGCAGAGCAGGCCGAGUGCCUCAUCCGUCAAGCGACAGAUCCAAACAUCUUGGGCCGCCCCCGAGAUCUGAGAGGGCUUCGGGCGGGCCGUGCGGAGAUCGAUGGACAGAGGAUGGACUCAUUUGAGAAGCUGGUCUUUGCAUUUGGAGAGGGGCUUGACUUCGAGCUCCCGGAACAAUGGGCCUACGCAGGCGCCAGUCCGACAGAAGUCCACAAGUACAUCCUAGAUGAACUGGAGAAGACGAAUGUCCGGCGCACUGCAGCAAGCGCGAUCCGCUUCGCGUUCAUCGCAGCACUUAUCGGGCCUCGCAAGGGCCGGCGGUAUCAUGCCACUGGCAAGGGGCAUGCGGGGCAUGCACAUGCAGCACCCAGUGCAGGAGGUUCGGCCAAUGCGGGCGCCGAGGCGCCCUCCGAUGGGCAGCGCGUGCGGAAGGAGCAGCAGCAGCUGGUUGAGGAACUCACUCAGCUGGAGAAGGAGGAGGGCUUCGAGGCCGCUGAAGCGCUGCUGGAGCGUCGAGCGGCCACGGUGGGAGGAGGUGCCUUGGCCCGUGCUCAUUUGGAGCUGGCCGAGCGCGCGAAGCGCGCCUCGAGCCUGGACCAGGUGAAGUACCAUAUGUUGCAAGCCAUCAAAGCUCAGCCGCAUGUCGCGCAGGUUUGGCUGGACGUUUGCCGAACCUUGGAGGAGUUAGGUGAUUUGCAGCAAUGUCGAUAUCUCUUGGAACGUGCCAUGGAAUGCUGCACUUCCAGUGACCUUCUGGCACUCCGCUUGGUCCGGGUCCUGGAACGCCUGGGCGAGAUCAAGGCCCUGCGGUCGUUGGUGGGCUCCCUCCGGGCGGAGCCGUUGGAGCGUGCGCACAAGGUCCUCAUUGAAGCCGUCCACGCUGAGGUGCGCGUGGGCAACGGCGAUGGGGCCAGGGAAAUCAUGCAAUGCAUUCUGAAGCGCUUGCCACAGCAGGGGCCCAUCUACAGCGAGGCGUGUCGCGUGGAGAGUAUCCUCGGGAACUGGCAAGCCGCUUUGGAGACGGCGGAGCAGGGCGUGCAGAUUUGCCCCAAGUACGGCCCAUUGUGGUUUGCUGCACCCAGUGAGUUCGUCUUGCUUCGGCAGGCAGAGAAGCUCUACGGGGCCCACGCCGUCAAGGAGUAUGCGCCCAGUGCCAUUGCAAGCAUUUGCAGCGAGCUCCAUUGGAAAAUUCAUUUCGAGGUGGCGACGGCUUGUUCACGUCAGGGGGCAUUGCCGCAGUGCCGGCAAAGCAUCGGACGAGCUGCGUUGCAUUGCCCCAAGCAUUUGCGGUGGAAAGUGUGGCUACUGGCUGCAAGGGCCGAACUCUGGGAUGGCUCUGCCGACGCCUGUCGAAGGUUGCUGGCUCAAGCACGGUUAGAUGCACCCAGUCGCAUGCAGGUGGCCGUGUGCCUGGAGCGUGCACGCACGGAGGAGUUCUUGGGUAACUUGAACGGGACACGUGUGGCCUUUGGUGAAGCACAUGCCUGUGAAGGACACGAUUGGAAGGUCUUUUUGGAGCACAUCUUCAUGGAGGCCCGCCAGGGCUGCCUCCAGGCGGCGCAGAGCACGGCCAUGUGUGCUUUGGAGUUGCAUCCCGCCACGGGGCGCCUUUGGUCCGCGCUGGUGGCGCUGCACCACUCGGGCGACGGCGGUGCCAGGGUGGCCCAGCGCGUGGAGAUGGCCCCGGGCCCUGGCGGAAUUGAAACAGUGCCGGUUAAGACCUUCCGGCCUCGAAGUCAGAUGGCAGAUGGAGAUGGAUUUCCCUUCAGAUUCGUGGUAGUGGAGAUGUUUUGGAAGGUCUUGGGAAUGUUGAAACCCACUCAGCAGCUGCAGUUUCACUGA